AGAGAAUGUUACUUCGGAGGCAGGGCAUAUAACCCUGGAUAGAUCGAUUUUGUACCAUAACUUUCUUGUUCGGAGAAAAGAAUUCCCCCAAUCCAAGACACGAAUAUAUCUAUCUAUCGCAUUAACCCUAAUUUCUCAAUUUCAAUUUCAAUUGCUAUCGUAUUUUGGGGAAGAAGAAGCAAAUACAGAAAAAGCAUAAGAAGAAAACUAAACCAAAAAGACGACGACGCAGUUUUGAACGAUGUCUGCUGCGGUGUGCGGAACCAAGAGAUCUUUCUUCGAAGACCUUCCUCCUUCACCACCUGUUUCCAAGAGGCUCCGUUGUUCCUCUUCUCCGAUUCGUCUUUCUCUUCCAUCGCUCGUUGAUCACCUUCGCAAUCUCUUUCCCAAUAUGGAAGAUCAGAUCCUUGAAAGAGCGUUGCAGGAAUGCGGUAAUGAUUUGGAUGCUGCUAUUAAAAGUUUGCACGGGCUUUGUUUGGGAUCUGCUGAUGAAAUUGCUGCAAUUGCUCCUCAACCUGAUGUUGUUUCCGUUGAAACAGGUGUUUUUGAAAAUAAUGGGGAUGCAUCUGCCUCAGGGAAUCAGCCAGCUGAGAACAAUCUUCCCGCUGAUGGACCUGAAUGGAUUGACUUGUUUGUUAGGGAAAUGUCAUGUGCUACUAGUGUUGAUGAUGCCAGAACUCGUGCUGCGAAACUUCUUGAGGUUCUGGAGAAAUCAAUCAGUGCACACGCGAGUUCUGGAGCAAUAACUGAUCUUCAAAGGGAAAAUUUGAUGUUGAAAUAUCAAGUUGAAGUCUUGACCAAGGAGAGAAAUUGUUUUAAAAGUGCUUUUAAAAUCCAGCUUGAACGCCUUUCUGAUUAUGAAGAUAAAGACCGAGAGUUGCAGCAGCUGAAGCAGUUGGUAUCUCAAUACCAGGAACAGAUCAGAACUCUUGAGGUUAACAACUAUGCUUUGCGAAUGCAUCUGAAUCAAGCACAAAAAUACAACCCUUUUCCUGGGCGUUUCCCACCCGACGGCUUCUAAUGCAAUUAUCGGGUAGAGUAUCACAAUCAAGGCAGUUAAAUAGCUGUAUCUGGCUAAUUAUUUAUAUUGUUUAUUGUUACAAUUUGUGUAGCUCCUAUAGGUCAAGGAAAAGUAGCUAUUCACGGGUGAAUCUAUCUUAUCAACCCGAAAUAGAAGUGAUAAUAAUAAUUUGUUAUUUAUUCCUCUCUGAAUUGAUUUCUGGUAUUAUAUGUGUACUAAAAUUACUGAGAAUGUUCAAGACCAGUUUGUUAUCAUCACAAUACUACAAAUAUUGUUUUCAUU